AUGCACGAGGACCAGGAAUCGAGUAUCUGGUGCUGGAUUCAUGAUCUUCCAGAGGUUCAACAUGUACACAAACGGUCCAGUGGAAGAAAGUUCUACGCCAACAAUAUGUUCAUCCACGGUCCCGUGGAGCCCCCCACAGUGGAUGGUUUUUCAUUAGAUAUUAUCCACCAAAUAGCGGAGCGAGGCGCUUCUGACAUACCUUUGACCUUCAGCAACAUCCAGAAAGCGUUUCCAGGAUCAGUACACGAAGGAAAGGAUGACUGUUCAACCAGAGGGGAGAUGGCCCAUGACGAGCAGGUUCUGCUUGAGUCGCACUAUGGAUAUUUGGGCCGUACAAUAAUCCAGGUUCCAGAGAUUGUUCUUUCCUUGCCUCGCGAGAACCCUGGGGUCGAUGACCUGAACCGCAUCCAUGUUUCCUGCGAGGAACCUAAGGUAAAAGGAACUUUGGACGCAAUUGCAGAAAAGGUAGCGGACGCUGAACCAACUCCCUCCAAGCCACCUAAACGGAGGGGUCUGUUUGAACAUACUCAACCAGUCCAGAACAUCACCAAUCUCCUGCAGUGGUCUGACGGGCGAUUGAACAUCACUGAUGCAAUAUUUGUGUGGAAUAUGCUAAAGCAGGCUAGGAGGCUAGAAAGGCAUUGUGGGGAUAUACCAGCAGCGGUAGAACUGGACUUUGAGAAAGAUGAAGGGUAUGAAUCAGAUAUCGCUGCGCAGAUGUGUCACAAACCUUUCAAAAGAAAUCACUCCGACCCGGGGGAUCGCGACCUCCUGCGGGUUGAUGUGCUCGAUCAGAAAAAAGGAUCGCCUAGUAGCUCACAGAACGACGAACGACCUGUCGAAAUAGAGGUAUCCACAGAGGAAUGCAUCACAGGUGGGGAGAUAAAGAACAUCCCAAAGAAUUAUCCUUCACUGGAAACCCCAGAAGAUGAGAUUCGACGCCUAACCAUGACGAAUGCAGCCUGGAAGUUGAUAGAGUGGAUGAAAGGUGGAACAACGGAAGAUGUGAUCUCUCUAAACUUUGGCCCUUCAUUUGUUUCACCCACAACUAGGAGGAACACCAUUGACUUUCAUCAAAGGCUUCAGGAACAGCUUCUGGGUCGGACACAAAACCUCUUUCACGAGUCUGGAAAUUACAUAAUCCCUUCGUACGACAUUUUUAUUGGUUCUGCCCAUAUUCCGGAUAUAGUUCCAAGCAGGGGCGUAAGGAAGAGCAAGGAUUCGAAUAAAGUCGGGCUUACUACACCAUUAGCGCACAGACAUGCCCCUACAGCUAUGUUAACUGAUAGUUCUGUGUCACACAGCAGCGCAUCUCCACUACGCCUCUCUCAUUCGUUACCCUAUUCACCUUACGCCAAAACAUCAUUUUUUGAUCAAAUCAAUCAAUCCUCCCCGUUUAAUAACCACUCCCAAGAAUACGUCCCGACUGCCUGCAAACACCCCCAGGAUCAUCAGCCCCCCUACGCCGAUUGCCACCAGAACAGCGGCAUGGAGAACGCUGAUGAUUCAAGUAACAACUCAGGCCAGGGAAGCUGGCUUAAUUUAUCUUCAGAAGACGACGAUGAGGAUGGUCUAACUCAACGUAGCGCUAAGAGCCGCCGCUCACCUCUGGCCCGAGAGCAUACUAUCUUGGCCCAAGAGCUUCAACCUCAGCACGGAUCUACACAUUAUUCUCCAGCAUUGGAUGGACUUGAAAAUGCUAUCUUACAGCGAUCACCAGGCAUUGGCCGCUCAGCAGCAGCUGCGGAGCAAAGAGUGAAAAUGUUUUCUGUGAACCGUGCGCCGGCAAUGAACACCAACAGUUCCGAUGGGUCUCAGGGAGCGUCUCAUCCGGGGCGAGCGGGAUGGAAAAAGGAUGGGGUGUACAGGGAGUUUAGAGCUCUAGAGGUCAACUCGCCGAGGAAUGAGGUUAAAAGAAUCUCGGAUGCGAUGAGGAGUCGAAUUGAGGCCAUCGAAAGAAAACAGCGAGUAGUAGAACCUCCGGACACAGUUCAACCAUUUUCGGAAGAUGAAAACAUAAGAGAAAAAAAUCCAUCCUUUCCGAUAAUGGAACCUUCCCCAGCGGGAAAGCAGGAGAUGAAAGAAGAGCGUGGGUCUUUACAGCUGGUGCCCUUUUCAAAUGGUAUGAAAAAAUGGAACAAUGAUCGUACUUCUUCAGCAAGGACCGUUACAGUAUCCGUUGAUACCAGAUUAGAGGAGAAUUCUGCUCUAAAAAAUAUUAUCAGCAAGAAAAGCUUGGACGAUGGAUUCCCUGUAAGGCCUCUCUACCAAAAGCCAGGAUACGUCGAUCGCUUCGUUGGGGAAGGAACCAAUCCUCAGCAGUCAGUUGCUUAUUUUCUAGCUUGCAAGCAACUUGCUCAUCAAACCGCACUCAGCUCAACCCAAGAAUCAGGAGACUCUACAAGGAUCUUCAAUGGAGGAGAUGAGGUUGCUCGUGGUAAGGAGAUAAGUGGUUUCUCUAUCUCUUCGGUGGACUGUGAUAGUUCUCUGGUACUUGGAAACACUCCAAAUAGCAGCAGGGGACGUAUAAAUACUUCAUCUUCGUCGACCUCAUUUUUGUCGGAAGAUAACGCUCGCGACACAGUACCGACGAGGGGUCGGGAACAAACGAAGGAUGAGAGAUUCAUGGACGGUCGGUCUAAGGCUAUGGAGGUUCUUGGAUACGGCGGGGAUAUCGCUAUUCGUAGAACACUGGUAGAUCUUGAAUAUACCAGCGUUGCGCUUCCAGUCUCAAAGAGGCCCGCAUAUCUCGAGACCAAAGUGGAUGCUGUAAUAGUCUCGCCCUACCUUACUGUCGCCGGCUAUGGUAGUAUCUCGUUCCCAUCAUUGUCGACAGAGUCUACUGACUCCUCCAGUACUCUGGGGAGCAACCUGGAUGCGACUACUUCGGAAGAUCCUAAUUAUGUUGGUGUGAUUACGCCUCCACCAAGAGCAUCAUUGGAUUCUAUGAGAACGGCUCUCUCCUAUACAGCUCAAUCUGUAACUACUGGAUAUCAGCAGCAAGCUCCGAUGUCCUUCACACCUUUCCCUGCUACCAUCAUAACACCAAAUCCGACGAUCUUCGAUAAUUGCAAGAAUAUUUUCAGGAAAUGCUUAGGAAGAAACAGACAGAGGUCUAGCUAA